UCCUCAGAUUUGCUAUAAAAUGAAGGAUGACCUUGUAUUUCUGAUCUUCCCGCCUCUACUAACCGAGUGCUGGGGUACAGGCCUGUGUCCCAUGCUUGGCUUCUAUGGUAGCAAGUGAUUUACUACCUUGACUCACAGCACAAGACACAAAAGCACUGAACUCAUUUCUCUGUAUCGGUGGUCACUAGCCUCCAUGGGCAUCUCUUCUCACCAUCCAAACUCCUGAGGAGGCAGGGGGCACCGUCACUCCCAUUUCGCAGAUGAGGAUACUGAGGAUCAAAACUGUCUAGGUGGAGUCAGGCGUGGCAGCACACACCUAUAUUCCUAACACUUAGAAAGCAGAGGCGGGAAGAUCAAGGGUGUGAGGCCAGGCACACAGAAGCAACACAGGAACAUGGCGGUUCCUGAUUUGUAAUCCCAGCAAGCAGGAGACAGGCCUGGACCAGGAAGUAAACCAUUGGGCUUUCCUGGCUAGCCUGGGCUAAGGAGUUUGAUCCUGUCUCAACAAACAAAACCAACCAAUCAAAUCCUAGCACAACAAAGAGCAAAACAACACCAACACACAGCGAGGAUGUAGUUCUGAGGCAAUGUUUGCUUCUCAGAUUGGCAAAGUCCUGGGUUCUAGCCCCAGCACCAGAAGAAAGCAAGGAAAAAAAAAAAAAAACCCACCCGUCUAGGUGGAUCCUGACCAAGACAAUGACAAAGUCCUGGAACUUGCUGACCCAGUCCAGCGCCCAUUUAAUCCCUCCCAUUGUGACACAUGUAUGUUCCAUAAUGAACAGGCUAGUAUUGUGAGGUAGGGUCCAGGGGUAGAGGCGACUAUGAGGUGACAUUGUAGAAAACUGGGGACGAGGGCAGGAGGACUAGGGAGGACUAGGGCUAUUCCCUUACAAACGGACUCUGGGGCAGCCAUGUCCUACUUCAUGUCCCCACAAGCUCAUCUGGGUCUUCUGCCUUCUGGCCAAGGUGGGGCUGCUGCUUCAGGUUCGUCCCUUGGCCUCUAUAGUCCUGCAGAGCCAGUGGUGGUGGCGCCUGGUGGAUUAGGCCCACUGAGCCAGAGAGCUGAGCAGGUGGCACCUCCUGCCCAGGCCUGGGGCCCCACCUUGGCUGUGCCUGAAGCCAGGGCCUGCCCUGGGAGUGUUAGCUGGGAGACACCUCGGAGAAAGGAACACAACAGAUACUGUCCCAAAUUGCCCCCCGUGAGGCAGCUGGAGAGCUUGGGCUGGACAGACCCCUGCUCCAGAAGCAGGACUCCCUACCUGGGUGGCCCUAGCAGGCCCCGGCCCCUGCUGCUGUGUGGGCUGUCACCUGGGGUUCUGCCAAUCUCCUCUGAGGCAGGGGGGAAGGAGGCCAGCUCCCAGCCUGACAUCUGCAUCCUCACCCUGGCCAUGAUGAUCGCUGGCAUACCAACCGUGCCUGUGCCAGGCCUGCGGGAAGAGGACCUGAUCCGGGCGGCUCAAGCUUUCAUGAUGGCCCAUCCAGAGCCAGAGGGCGUUGUGGAGGGGGCACAGUGGGAGCAGGCCCAUGCCCACAUGGCUUCUGGACAGAUGCCUUUAGUGAGAUCCAGGAGGGGCUCCUGCUUGUAGUCAGAUGAAAUAGCAUGAGAUACAUAGGGCGGCCUCUCCGUAUGGUUUUUGGGCAGAUAAGGUUGGGAAUGGCUCUGGCGGGGUGGGGAGAGGGUGUGGGUCACUGAGCCACCUGACAAAGUGCACUGCUUUGUUAGGAGCACCCUGCAGGAAGUUCCUUCGUACCACCACAGAGCUGAGCAGAUUAAGUCAAGGUACCUAAGUAGGAAGCCCUAUUGGGAGAGGAGAGAAAAUGUUCUUGUCUCAAGUCCUAGACAAUAUAGAUUUUCCUCUUGCCUGUGCCCAGCUUGCUACAGGUGAGACUGUAGGCAAAUGAUGGGAAAUGAGCACUUGGCUGACCGAACAGAAACCCAGCCUUACUCCAGCCAGCCCUGUAAGGAUGCCCAUUUUACAGAUAAACUGAAGCUUAGCGGUUUUCUUGGAGUCUCACUGGUAGUAAAGGCAGAACCAGGCAUGAAAAAUAUGGCAGGUAAAUCAAGAACAGUCAGCAUCACACGUAGCACCACCACGGUGCCAAGUGUCUUGUUUUCAUGACACUGAAGGACCACACAUAAAACAGACAACAAGACAAGGGUGGGGAUAUGAGACU